UAAACUGAUAAAUGGCUAAGUCUGGAGUUCCUUGAAGGCUGGGACUGUUUACAUGGCAGCUCAUCUUGGAAGGGUAGGUUUGGUUACACAGCCCCAUUUCAGGUCUGGGGUUUUCUUCCGAGGGCAUUCAGUGCUGUGUCAAUCCCCUGAUGACUGAAAUGCUGUCUGGCCAUUCUCGUUUUCUCUUUGCAUUCAUGAGAAUGUACAUACAGGCUGCCUUGAAACUCUUAUUUCCUAUUUCACCAGUGCACUUGGGUCCCCUGCCCCCUGCGAUUGAGAUCAGCCAAGGAAGUUAUUUUGGUAGGGGCCCUGCGGGAACAGAAGGGACAGAAAACUUUUCUAAAGGCAGGAAGCUGUUCUUAAACAUAAAUCCUAAAACACUUGACAGAAACAAACAACCAACCCAGCCUGUACACAUUCAAAAGUAGGAAGCAGGAUGUCCUAAGCCCAUCUUUGGCCCUGUUUCUGCGGGAAAAUAGUGCGUAACCCACCGACCUCUGCCGUGUCCCCCAGGAGAUGCCGCCCGAGGAAGGCAGAGGCGUGGGUGCUACCGUGGCUUCCGUCCUGGGACCCAGCAGGCACAGGGGAGCAUCUCUGGGGGCUCCGGUUUCUACCUUCACUUGUGGAGCUGCCGUGAUCUUGGGGGCCCAAGGGCUGGAGGGGGACCAAGAGAUGGAAGGCUGGCCAGUAAUGCUCCACAGCUCGGCCUGGCUGCCUCCUGAGAAGGAGCAAGCAUUUAUUGCCACCAGGCGGGACACAGCACAGCUGUCCGUGGACAGGCAGUCAGACCCAGUGCCCUUCAUGUGAGUCCAAACGUUAGAUUGGGUGACUCCGCCUCAUGCUUGAGAAACGUGUAAUUUAUUUGUGAAUGAAUGUGGGGCUUAGACCCCAGAGCCAUACUUUUCUUGUCUUUUCAAGCAGUUUCCUAGGUCAUGGUAGCGGUUGGAACACGAGGUGCCUAUUGGUGAUUUGCCCAAGGGCGAGCUGGCUGGUUGUGCCCUCCUUGAUUCUCCUCCCUGUCCUUCUGGAACCUUCUAGAUCAUCUCUGAGCAUCUUCUGAUCUGUCACACAGGGAAAAUGAAGAAUUGGCUUUGCGGGGGGGUGUUGGCAUCUAACCCCCUCCCCCCCCCCCCCCGCCCCCGGGGCUGCCGUUCGGGUUAUUCUACGACGUCCACUCUGGCUUGGGUUCAUUUUGUCUGCAAGAGAAUUUGGGUUGUCUCUUAACUUUCGGAAGAUGGCUUUUCCCUCGGUGCAAUUUUCCGUAGCGAAACUCUUUGCAGGACUGAAGGGUUAAGUCUGGGGGACUCCUUAUCCUCUCAGAAAUUGGGCCCAUCUCGCUUUAUUUCGUAAACGUGAGCUUUGCAGAAAAGCGGCUCUCUUGAAGAGGCUGCAGCACACUUGAGAAAAAUCUGCCAGAGCGUUUGGGAAAGCGUGAGUCAAGUUACAGGUGUUUUCACCUAACACAGGAAAACAUCUGUCCUAAUAUUUGGCGGCUUGUGGAGCCGGGGCUGCGUGAGUUUGGGUGGCUUCCAAGUGGGAUGAGGAUGGAAAGGAGACCCGGGCCUCCUCAUUCCCGUGUGGAGGGGGAGGCGCCCACCCUGGAGCCUCCCCCCUACCCACCGACCCCCCCAACCCUGCCUCUGGCAUUACACUUUGCCCUCCUUCUCAGAAAUCUGUUACUGGUUUCAUAGGAGCUGUUGGGUGCACAUUCUUCUAGACGGUCCUGCUUCAGUCAGAGAACUUGAACCUUAAACGAGGUAUUUGUAAGCCGGGCGAGCAGGUGUGCUCCAGGGGUGACGCGCUCACCUCUGAAGCGAUGUGUCCGUACCAGGAGCGGAGCCCUUCAGGCCAGCACCACACACUGUUAACGUUUUCUUCGUGACAAGACGGGAAGGAAAGGAAAUGGCACGAGGGACUGACUAAUCCUGAGGCUUGAGGUGGUUUUAUACCUUCCACUAACAGAGCGGGGGGCCCCGGCUCCAACAGCAGCACAGUGCUCCCCACGCUGAGGGGCGGGAACAGCCCAAGUUCAGGAAGUUCCUUUCUGAUACUCUAGCACUUAAUUUGGUAGGUGACCUCUUCAGUACCUGGGGGUUCUUUCUGGAGAAUCGUAAGCAAAAUGACAGAAUUACUGUGCUAACGAGGUUUCCUGUUUCGGGCGGCAGCGGGGCAGAGUGACCCGAGGUCAGCGCAGGGAAUUCUGGAAAGCGGAGCGUUUGCUCUGCCGUGUAUGAUCUGCGUCCCACGCCCUGUGGCCACCCCCAGGACAGGGCCCCUGGCUCCAUCCCCAGUGACUGGGAUGUGACAUAAUCAUAGCUGCUUCUAGAGUCGCUUGGGGCCAGAGCACCUGGAACGGGGCCUGGUGCAGACAUUGACCAACGUGGACGUCCUCUAAGAAGGAAACAGUAGGAGGAACGUGACGCCAGAGAGGCCUUGUUUCUGGUCACCUCUGCUCUUCCCGUCUUGCCCGGCCAGCCGGUGGAAGUGUUGACGAUGGGGCAGAGUCCCCACCCCUCCCCCUUUUGGCCACAAAACCCAAGACCGGAAGGGGAAGGUGACGAGGUAGACGUGGGCCGGGGCUUCUCGGGGGUGUCUGGCCCAUGUCCUCCGUCAGGCUGAGGUGUGACCUACCUGAUAGACGUGCCAGCUUGUGUCCUGUUCUCCGUCUGAGAAGGGUCCCGGGUGUCACGCCCCGGCCUCCGCAGCCCUGAGCGGUGAGAACCUGCCCACGGUGGGCCUGCCCAGCUUGCCAGCCCAGCCGUGCCGGGAAGUGAUCUGCUGUAACCAGAUAGCGCUGUUUCCAUUUGGUUGUGGGCUCCAGACCGCCCUCCCGUCCGUUUGGACGUGUCUUCUAAGCGGACACAUCCCGGGGCUGCUGGGGAGGCGUGUAAAUACUGUGUUGCAUGUGGCCAGGCCUGUUUCCUCGUUGCCUGCCCAGCCAGGCCUUUCAGCCCACGGGCACCAACGUGCCAGCAGAGGAAUGACCGACCAACCUUGGCACCAGCAGGCUGCUUUUAUACGCGGAAACCCUACAUUCGGCAGUGUGGCUUGUUAAUUUUUUUUUUUUGUUCCCCCACGCGUCCCAGGAGGGGAUCGCGGGGGAAGAUUUGGGUCUCCUCCUGCCAGCAUAUGUUUCCAGAUACCUUGAGGCUUUGUUGGUGUUUUGGGGGGUCAGAAGUGGUAACAGACUGGGUUCCUGGGCUCCGUCCUUGGCACGGAUUCUCAACAGUCCGCGGGUGGCCACAGAGCUCUGGAGGAACAGUGCUGUUGUAAACAGCCGGUCCCUACGUUUGGUAUGCCCGUGUGCACCGGGACACAAGGAGAUGGGAUAGAGCCCUGCUCCCUUAAACUGUCUCGCGUUGCCACGCACCCCCAGUUCAAAGUAGGAUUUGCACCUACUUUCCUCUCUCGCGGUAAAUUUUCGGUAUUUCUCAUUCCAAAAAAAAAAAUUUUUUUUUUUUUUUUUUUUUUUUUUUAAACAACCGGUGUUUUUCGUAAGUGAAAAAUCGAAUCUGCUGUAGACGUGGGUGAAGACAGCAGUCCGGUUUAACGGCUGCAGACGCGCACAGUGUCUUGUCUGUCAAGGUUCUCAACGGCACGCCGCCUUUGCAGCAGCAUGAUCACGAGCUUUUGUUUUUGUGGUGGGUUCGGUGUCAUGGGCUCCCGUGGUCGGAGGAGGGGAACCUGUAGCUUGGCUCUGUGUUGUUUCUCUGGGACCCUUCUCUCUCUUUAAAGAAAUGGUUGAAUGCUCAGAGGUGGGCCGUUCCUUAUUGAAAUUAAGUAACUGUUGUCCUUUGUGUUAUUGCGCCUGAAGUCCCUCUGAGCCAUGUAAGGAUCUUAAUCCUUGGGACUAUGGAGAAGCCUCCCCAACAUCGAAGCUCGCCGAGCCUGCUGGAAGGACGCUUUUCCUGCGAACGGAUAUGAAGGAAGGCACACCUAAGUUGCAGAAGCUUCCCGGUUUUGCUUCCUAAUGUCAGGGCUUAGUCGUUGACCUCUGUGGCAGUCUUAAAUUUUCUUUUCUUAACGUUUGUUUAUUUUUGAGAGAGAGAGAGAGAGUCGGGGAGGGGCAGAGAGAGGGAGAGACACAGAAUCCGAAGCAGGCUCCAGGCUGUCAGCACAGAGCCCGGCACGGGGCUCAAACUCAAGAACCGUGAGAUCAUAACCUGAGCCAAAGUCAGAGGCUUAACUGACUGAGCCACCCAGGUACCCUUCUGUUGUAGUCCUUAAGAUGGUAAAUUCUAGAUCACACACCGCAGGUGUUUGUUUGUUUGUCCCUGGCAGGAUGGAGGGUUUGGUGUUUUAUGAUAAUAAGGCAAAGAAUGCAUUUGGACUUGAGCAGCAGAACUCAUGUGAUUGGUAACCCCGGAGUCCUCUCAGAGCCAGAUUUCACUAUCGGCGGGGCAUUGGGCUGCAGGCCUGGCCCAUUUCUCAGGGUACCUCGUGUUCUAGAAUUGUGCAUGAGAUUGUUUUUUUCCCCUUUUUAUCCUGCCUGCCUGUUCACAUUUAAUUUGUUCUUAGCCGUGUGCAAUGGAUUAACAUUUCAUCAGGUUGGAUUAAGAUUGAAUUGACAUUAAAGCAGUCUUUUCCUACUUUCCUUCUGUCACUUUUAGGCGAUCCGAGGUGGGGGGUGUGGGGGUGCUCAUCCCAAAAGUGCCCUGGUGAGGACGAAGGAGAUAAGCCAGGGCUUCAGUGUGAAAAUAAUUCCCAGUCGUGGGUCGGGAGGCCUGGCUGGAGCCCUCAGCCCUCCUCCUCCGUCUAACGAGAUGUCACAUGGAACAAAAGCUUUAGGGGUUUUAUUUAGCUCCUAAUCCCCAUGCUGAGAGAGCCGAGGUCCAUGUGAGCUCGCCCGCCGGGAGGAAGGGGGGCCGGCGAGCUGGGCGCAGCCUCGUCCCCGGGACUCUGGUGCUGCAGCUGGGGAGUGAGGCGAAGUUACCGUGAGUGUUGUGUUUUGCCUACUAAGGUUUCGGAGGAUUAAUAAUUUAGGCCGUACUUUGAAACAGAAAACCCCCAGUUGGUCUUUCCUGCCGUCCGGGAAGGGUUCGGAUGCAGCAGGCCGGCUGUGAUGUGUGUCACUGAAGAUUCGUAGAGACCGGCCGCCUCCCCCGCCUCGGCCGCCGCCGUCCCUCCUUCCCGAUGCCGGUCCCCAGCCGGCAGGUCCCCAUCGGCCGAUCCCAGAGCUGGGAUGCUGCCGGGUGGUACGAGGGCCCCUGGGAGGUGGCCGAGGCCCCGGCGAGGAGCAGCUCCGUGGCGGACGGCGGCACGGCGGGACCGUGGUACGAGCCCCAGGGCGCAGGCGAGCCCUUCCUCUACCGGGAGGCCUUCUUCAACUCUGUGGCUGGCAGCAAGAGCCCCGUCGCCGACUUCGCCUUUUACGACAGCAGACAGGCGCUGAUGUCUGGCCGGGGCGCCCUGCUGCCGCGGGAUUACUACGGCGACGCGGCCGCCCGGGUGCCCAAGGAGGCUCGCCACCUGCGGGACCCGGGACUCAGCCGGUCGCUGCCUGGUUACGGCGUGACGGGCGGCAGGCUGACGUGGGAUCAGGUGCAAGGCCGGGUCCCCGCCCUGCAGGAUGCCGGGCACCUGUACCGGGACCCCGCGGGUAAAGGGGUGGCUCAGGGGCAGCGGACACAGAGCCGGGCCCCGUCGCCCACGCACUGUGCGGGGGAGCCGCUCGAUGGCAGGUUCUCGGCCCAGGCCCCCGCCUACCCCGCCAGCCAGAUCUACAACGACGUCGCCGAGAGGCCUGUGGAUUCCGCCCUCUCCAGGCAGGCGGCCCCCACCUGCCUGGUCGUGGACCCCAGCACGGCCGCGGCGCCGGACGGCGGCCCAGGGGUGGCCCCGGGAGCCCUGAACCGAGGCUACGGGCCUGCCCGGGAAAGCGUCUCCGGGCUGGUUUACGAGAACUGCGAGGUGGUCCUGCCAUCCUUCCAGGGCCCCGGCGGCAGGAGGAGCACGCUCCCUGAGUUCCUGGCCCUCCUGCGGGCCGAGGGGGUGGCGGAGGCCACCCUGGUGGCCCUGCUGCAGCAGGGCUUUGACUCUCCGGCCGUCCUGGCCACCAUGGAGGACGCGGACAUCAAGUGCGUCGCGCCCAACUUGGGCCAGGCCCGCGUGCUGAGCCGCCUGGCCGCCGGCUGCAGGACCGAGAUGCACCUGCGGAGGCAGGGCCGGGUGGGCCCCCUCCCCCGGGUGCGCUCCAGCAGCUUCAGCCACCGAAGCGAGCUCCACGGGGACUUGUCUUCUGUGGGCGCCGCGGCCUCGCAGCCCCAGCCCGUGGGUCCCCUGCAGGCGGCAUCCCCCCGAGCAGGAGACCCGGCCCGCCGCCCCUCCAGCGCGCCAUCAUCCCAGCACCUCCUGGAGACGGCGGCCACCUACUCUGCCCCCGGGGUGGGCGCCCAAGCGCCCCCCUUCCCCUCCAACUCUGGGUACGGCUCACCCACCCCCUGCGCCCUGACAGCACGGCCGGGCCCCACGUGCCCCCCACAGGCCGGGGUGGCCUUAACUUACCCGGGCCCGGCCCCUCCCCUUCACCCAGGCCCCAGAACGGCCUACUCCACGACAUACACGGUGCCCAUGGAGCUGCUCAAGAGGGAACGCACUGGGGCCGCGUCUCCCCUGCCCACCCCCCGUGGCAGCCCCCAGCUCUUGCGGAAGCCCGGUGUCCCCGUGGAACCGUCCACCCUGCCGCCAGCCGGCCAGAGCCUCCACACGCCUCACUCGCCCUACCAGAAGGUGGCCCGGCGGACGGGCGCCCCCAUCAUCGUCUCCACCAUGCUCGCUCCAGAACCAAGCAUCCGCCCCCAGAUCAUGAACGGCCCCCUGCACCCCCGCCCCCUGGUGGCGCUGCUCGAUGGGAGAGACUGCACCGUGGAGAUGCCCAUCCUGAAGGACCUGGCCACCGUGGCCUUCUGUGACGCACAGUCCACUCAGGAGAUCCACGAGAAGGUAUUAAAUGAAGCUGUUGGCGCCAUGAUGUACCACACCAUCACCCUCACCAGGGAGGACCUGGAGAAGUUCAAGGCCCUGAGGGUGAUCGUGCGGAUAGGCAGCGGCUACGACAACGUUGACAUCAAGGCUGCCGGUGAGCUCGGGAUCGCCGUGUGCAACAUCCCGUCCGCGGCGGUGGAAGAGACGGCCGACUCGACCAUCUGCCACAUCCUCAACCUGUACCGGAGGAACACGUGGCUGUACCAGGCGCUGCGGGAAGGCACGCGGGUCCAGAGCGUCGAGCAGAUCCGGGAGGUCGCCUCGGGAGCAGCCCGCAUCCGCGGGGAGACGCUGGGCCUCAUCGGCUUCGGUCGCACGGGGCAGGCGGUUGCUGUUCGAGCCAAGGCCUUCGGAUUCAGCGUCCUAUUUUAUGACCCCUACUUGCAGGAUGGGAUAGAGCGGUCCCUGGGCGUACAGAGGGUCUACACCCUGCAGGACUUACUGUACCAGAGCGACUGUGUCUCCUUGCACUGUAAUCUCAACGAACAUAACCACCACCUCAUCAAUGACUUUACUAUAAAGCAGAUGAGGCAAGGAGCUUUCCUAGUGAACGCAGCCCGCGGCGGGCUGGUGGACGAGAAGGCCUUAGCGCAAGCCCUCAAGGAAGGCAGGAUACGAGGGGCAGCCCUCGACGUGCACGAAUCGGAGCCUUUCAGCUUUGCUCAGGGUCCCUUGAAAGAUGCACCGAAUCUCAUUUGUACGCCCCACACAGCUUGGUAUAGUGAGCAAGCCUCACUGGAGAUGCGGGAGGCAGCCGCCACCGAGAUCCGCCGGGCCAUCACAGGUCGCAUCCCCGAAAGCUUAAGAAACUGUGUGAACAAGGAAUUCUUUGUCACAACAGCUCCCUGGUCAGUAAUAGAUCAGCAAGCCAUUCAUCCGGAGCUCAACGGCGCCACAUACAGAUACCCGCCAGGCAUCGUGGGCGUGGCUCCCGGAGGACUUCCUGCGGCCAUGGAAGGGAUCAUCCCCGGAGGCAUCCCGGUGACUCACAAUCUCCCCACCGUGGCACACCCUUCCCAAGCUCCCUCUCCCAACCAGCCUACAAAACACGGGGACAAUAGAGAGCACCCCAAUGAGCAAUAGCAGAGAAUGACGAACGGUCAUCCUUCAGAUAAACCUGGGACCAAGAGACAGUGACAAAUAGAUGAACUAAGGAAAAGGAAUCUGACCGUCUUUUUAACCGAUUCCGGACACACGCCUCACAUUGAUGUCGCAGUGUUACAUACAUACGAGCUAGACGCCGAGACGCGGGGAAGCAGAAGCUGUCGUCUGGUUACGGAAGCGCUGAAAAGACUAGGACGUGAUUUAUUAACGACCAACUUCUGUUAUUGUGUGUUACGUUCUUCAUCUGUGCAUCAAAUCACAAAGAAUAAAUAGAUCUUUUUCCUUUAUCAGCCCCUUGGGCACAGCAGGUCCUCAACACCUUGCUCUAGAAUGUUGCAUCUGAAGUUCCAAACGUCAAAAUAAAAAAUGCUAAGAGGAAAUCCCCCUCCUGUGACUCUAGUCCCUUCGGUCCGUGGGGGCUGGUGACCUCUUUUGCUAAUAGGAAGAUUCAGUUACUACAAGAUGGGGAGGAGACUGUUGGCCUGUGUCACACAACCGCAAGCAUAGGAUCGAGGACCAUACAGCCUCCUGUACAGAAGCCUCUCUCCCAUCUGAACUGCAUACUGAGCGGGCGAGUUGGUUGUGAAGUCAGUAAUACCCUCUGAUGAUGCAAAAAAAAAAAAAAGGAAAAAAAAAAAGAAAAAGAAAAAAAAGAAAAAGUAUUAAGUUUCACAAGCUGUUUGUACUCAAAUAUAUUUUCUCAGUUUCAGAUCCUCAGCUAUUUUAUUGAGUGGAAAGUCUUGAGCUAAAAGAGUUCAAGAAAAAUAAUGUUGCAUUUCCUUAUGUCUCAGGAAACACUUUUUAUGGUAACUUGUCAGAUUGUCUAUGAACAAACCCACUUUUUUAGACAUUGAUAAAGUCUUCUUUUCUUCACGUGAUAUUUUAUACAAGAACACUUCAGGUGUGUUAUUAGAUGUGACUGAUUUUAACAAAUCCUAUUAGAUUUGUAUCAACUAGUUACAUGUUAUAUUCAUAGUCUUUUGUGAAUCAUCGCCUUUUUGUUUAAAAGAUGGCCUAUUUUGAGCCUUUGUAUAGGUACAUUCCUGUUUUUGUGACAAAAAGAAAAAAAAAAAAAAAACCUUUAAAACUGUCCCAAACAGAAAAAUAAUGGCUAUCGGAACUGUUUUGUUUUCGUGUGAGUCACCGUUCCUGUAUUUGUUUAUUGUAAAGGUGGACAUAUAGCGUUCAGUGCAGUUUUCAAUAAAAAGUAAUAAAAAUUU